AUGGGGCUACUGGAGUUGCAGGUGGAGGUGCAUGCUUGGAAACUCUUCAUGAUGAGCUGUCGUGUUGGCAAGAGCAGUUUGCUGCUACGUUUUGCAGACAACACUUUCUCAGGCAGCUACAUUACCACAAUUGGAGUAGACUUCAAAAUUCGGACUGUUGAGAUUAAUGGAGAAAAAGUCAAGCUACAGAUCUGGGAUACUGCUGGACAGGAGCGCUUCCGGACUAUCACGUCAACGUACUACAGAGGGACACAUGGGGUCAUUGUGGUUUAUGACGUCACGAGCGCAGAAUCUUUUGUGAAUGUCAAGCGGUGGUUGCAUGAAAUAAACCAGAAUUGCGACGAUGUUUGCCGGAUAUUAGUGGGCAAUAAGAAUGAUGAUCCAGAACGGAAAGUGGUUGAGACAGAAGAUGCCUAUAAAUUUGCUGGGCAGAUGGGGAUCCAGCUGUUUGAGACCAGUGCCAAAGAGAACAUUAAUGUGGAAGAGGUAAUCGAAAAAGACGAUGGGGGGUGCCAGUAUGGUUUGAAGAGCCCAAAAGACAACUUAGCAAAGCAGCAGCAACAACAACAGAACGACGUGGUGAAACUCACAAAGAACAGUAAACGGAAGAAGCGGUGCUGCUAAUGGCCUUCCUCUGGCGGCAGAGACUGGGCGCUGAGGCAGCUCCGCCCCCCCAGCCUGGCGCAGGCAAUUCCACAGGACUCUUCCCCCCCCUCCCUGCGUGCCGUUAUUUAAAGGAGUUCCCUCCGUGUUCUCGAUCAGGAGGCACCUUACCAUGACAGUGCCAAGAAAAGGAUUGGAUGGAGGUGGUUCUGCCUGUCUCUCUCCUUCCUAAGGUCUUCUUCUGCCCCUCUCCAAGAGCAUCUUGUAGACAACAAUGACAUUGCCUAUCAAGGGGACUUAAGAGUUUGUACAUAAUGUAUAUUGGCUUUAACCAGCUGCCCCUCCCUCGUGUCGCGUGUACGCCUUCUCCGUAUCAGCCAAUCAUGAAUUGUUCAGAACUCUUUUUUUUUUUUUUACUUUCUUGCUUCCAUUCUCCAGAAAUACAGUCCCAUGACCUUCAAACAGGUUGCCCUUGUCAGCGUCCAUUGUUCUUCAGCCUUCGUUAGCCUUUAAGCAAGGAGUGGGUCCUUGGCUACCAUUUUGUUUCAAACUCUCUCGAGAACCUUUUGAAAUCCUUUUCCUAGACUCUGGAAUGAUUGACGUUCCCAGAGCUCUUGCAAUCCUUCUCUGUUCUUCAGUUCCCUUCUUCAAGGGAAGGGAAGGCCUCAUGUUUAUAGCCCAAAGGCAUUCCAACCUUCAUGGCUGAGAAAAGUUAGGAUUAAAACUUGUGUGGCCCUUCUGUCCUUAUAAGAGCUUUGGAACGGAAAUCAUCUCUCUCUUUUUCUUUAAUAAGCGUGUAUCAUUCUGUACCCAGGUAUGAAGUGUGAACUCAGAAAUGCAUUUCCAAUGGGAUCAAUUCUUAGUGGUUCUCCUCCCACCCUUGCCCUUCCUUUUUUCCUUUGAAAGUUGGAGAAUUUGGGAAGAGAUGGCUGGAUGUUUUUCAUUUGUAUUAGAACAAAAUCUGUCUCUUGGGCUUUGAGAAAUUGGAAGAGGCCACCCAUUCCAGCUGCUGAGGAGUGAGUGAUUCUUCCAAUUAAGUUAAUAUGAGCUUCAGUCUGGAAAUAACCAGCAUUCAGCUUUUCAGCAUUGAUUUGACCCCCACAGAACAUAUCAAGAUGGCCAAGGUUGCAAAAAGUCACCCAAUCCUCAAAACACAGUGAAUUCCCCACCCUUUGUUGCCCUGGCAUCUAAUGACGAUGGUGCUCGUGUUAAGAAAUGACCAUCAGUAUCGAUCCUUGGACUUCGAAUCAUGCAAGAAGGGCUCAGUGGAAACCCCCUAUUUAUUGUUUGGCUUGUCUUUAAGAAGAGAAGCAGCUACAAUCAUCCAAGCCCCAGACCCGCGGGCUUUCCCACUCAAAAUAAAGAAGCGAUGGGUUUCCGCCAGCGGAAGCACGCCGUCCUCCAUUUCAGCAGCCGUGUCUCACCGUCAGCUUCUCUCUGCAUUUCUUGUAAGGUACUUCUGACUUGUCGAAGAACCGUUCGCGCACUGAGCAAUUCAUGAUUUAGAAGGAACGCCAGCCACGGAAGCCUGUAGAGAUGACAGCAGAGAGCAGGGUUUGGGUGUGGCAAGGGUGUGGGCUGAAGCAACAGUGGAUUCUCACAGGUGGGCAUUUUCUCAAAAUACAUUGGUCUCUAGCAAACGGGCGGGGUGUGGUGGGGAUGUUUGCUAAGCCUGGAAUCCAGGUUCUCCUGUUGGAAGAGUGGGAAGUUUCCUGAGUCUCUUAGCAAUGCCCCCCCAGGCCUGUCUUUGCCGGGGGCUGCUACCCAAGCGCCAGGUGUUGUGAGUGAAGGGAAAAGCGGCUGGUGGACGGGGUUGGGGGAGGGAGGGAAAGGGGAAGGGGCUGCAUCUUUAGCAGUGCUAACGUCAAGCCGUGAAAUGUCUAACUGGUUUGCUUAGAUGAUUUCUGUAUAUUGAAACUUUCUAAUUAUGCUUUUUAAAUAAUUUUAAAAAACUAAAAAUAAAAGUGCCAAGCUGCCAUAUCUUCUUCCUGGGCUCUCGUCUUUGCUUCUCCUCACCUCCAGCUGUCAAAAGGGCUUGCGGGGCCCCCGAAACCUUGGGGCCAAUAGCUUCUUAUGGAGAGUUAAGGCUCCCUUCAGAAAGGGACUUGCCCACUUUCAUUUCUGCACAAAGGGGGUUGGUGGUAGUGGUGGAUGCGGUGCUGAAUUCCCAAGCUUAGGUUGGCUCAAUCAGUCUCUUGUUUUGGUGGAAGUAACAGUGUAGUACCUAAUAUGUUGCAUUGCCUGUGUGAUUGUGAGUUUUCCCAUGCUGGGUCGAUGUGGCAACGAGUAGGAGUUGGAUGCUCUGGUAGCAGGGAUAUUAACUUUUCUGAGACUUAUAAUAACGAUUCCAAGAGAGAGUGUUGAACUGUUUAAAUAAAGAAAACCUUGAAA